CGGCAACUGUGAGGGAGCGGUCCGGGUGCGCGCGCCGUCAGCCAGUGGGCUCCGACGCCGAGGGAGCCGCACUCGCCGACAGCAGCUGGCGUUGCCACCAUGGCUGCCGUCGCCGACUUCUACCGGGGCAAGGCGGUGCUCAUUACGGGUGCCACCGGCUUCAUGGGCAAGGUGCUGGUGGAGAAGCUGCUCCGCUCCUGUCCUGACGUCAAGACGCUGUACGUGCUGCUCCGACCCAAGGGCCAGAGUGACGUCACGGAGCGACGAGAGACACUGCUCAAGGCUCAGAUAUUCGACGGGCUGCGACGGGCGGCGCCGAGCCAGCUGGAGAAGCUGGUGGCCGUGCCGGGCGACAUCAUGCAGCCAGGCCUCGGCCUCAGCUCGACGGACAAGGCACGCUUGCAGGAGGAGGUCAGCAUCGUCUUCCAUUCGGCGGCCACUGUCAAGUUCGAUGAAGCGCUUAAGGUGUCCGUCAACAUGAACGUCAAAGGCACCCAGUCACUGCUUAAUCUAGCCAAGAAUAUGAAGAGACUAGAGGCCUUCAUCCAUGUGUCAACGGCAUAUUGCAACUGUGACCGUGAGGUCGUCGAAGAGAUGGUGUACCCCAGCCCUGCCGAUCCCAAAAAAGUCAUGGACACCGUGGAAUGGCUGGAAGAGGAUAUCAUCGCAGACAUAACGCCCAAGCUGCUUGGUGAUCGACCAAACACAUAUACUUUCACCAAAGCGCUGGCGGAGUCGCUGAUCGUUAAUGAGAAGGGAGACCUGCCUGUCGCCAUCGUCCGACCAUCCAUCGUGACCUGCGCCUGGAAGGAGCCGAUACCCGGAUGGAUCGACAACUUCAACGGGCCGACCGGCAUGAUCGCCAGCGCCGGCAAGGGCCUGAUGCGCACACUGCUCUGCAGCGAGGAGAUGGUGGCCGAUGUGGUGCCGGUGGACGUGCCUAUCAACCUGAUGAUCACGGUCGCCUGGCACACGGCCGUCCACAGGCCGCGCGAGAUGAUGGUGUAUAACUGCUCGUCCGGCACCAUCCGGCCCAUCUACUGGCACCAGGUGCUGAACUGGGGCAUCCAGGAGCUGCGACGCACCCCCAUGCGCAACGUUAUCUGGUACCCGGGUGCCACCUUCACCAAUUCGCCGCUACUCAACAACUUCUGGGUCGGCAUCUGCCACUUCCUGCCCGCCUACAUAGUCGACGCGGUCGUCAUGCUGCUCGGCAAGAGACCAAUUCUGGUGCGGGUACACAAGAAAAUGCUGAAGGCCUCGGGCUGCCUAGCGUACUUCCUCACGCACCAGUGGACGUUCAAGACUAACAACGUCUCGUGGCUGUUGGACCAGAUGUCGGAGGACGACCGCGAAGAGUUUCAUUUUCAGCUGAAGGACCUGGACUGGCAGAGCUACAUGGCGACUUACUGUAACGGCGUGCGCCGUUUCAUCCUGAAGGAGGACGACCGACUGGAGCAGGCACGGCGCCACAUGCGCAUGAUGUACUACCUGCACCACGCGUCGCGUCUGCUCCUAUUCCUGCUGGCGUGGCGGGCGCUAGCGGCUCGCUCCAGCCGCGUGCGUGCCGUCUGGGUGGCGCUGCUGGGUCUUCUGCGCCAGCUGUUGGCGCUGCGACCGGUCGCCCGACUGGCCAGCUAAUUCAGCGGCCGCCACGUCGCCCGACCCGGGCCGGGUCAUCUAGUCUCAUGAAUUGGACGCUCUCACGCCGGUGACCGCCUUGGCGCGCCACAAAACCGACCGGGCAUGGCCGCCCCGUGCCAGACGAAUCAAAACUAACGGCGCGUGAGACACGCCGCGCGAGCGGCGCACCAACGGCCUGCUGUUGCGGGGGGGGGGGGGGGGAGAGGCCCGGCCGUGAAGGUGAACGGGCCCGGCACUGGCCGCGCUAGUGACCUGCACCAGCCCUCGGUGCGUGACAGGCUCCGGGCGAUGCCGAUGGUAGCCAGCGAAUGGUCCAGCCAGUCCAGUUCACUGUUGCCCGGAUUGGGCGCUGCAGAUGUACCGGAUAUCCUGACUGGAUGCUCGAUUAUAAGCCCGGCUGUCCCGACCAGACCGUGUCGCCGGUGCCAGCAGGUCCGGCAUCAGCGACGUGGUUCAGAUGUCUGCUGCUAUGGUGCGUGGACCUGUGCGGCCCUCUCCUGUAUGAACCUUGUAUUAUCUGAGAUACUGAAUUUGAUUAUUCCAGCGCCUCCAACCAUGUUUCGAAAUGAUCAAUUGUUUAGCAUUUAUGCCACUAGCUUAAGCAUUAACUAUAAGUUGCCUGCGUUAUGCGACGAGACGCUUCUCACACACAUGACGAAGGCACUGAAGGUCUUGGUGUAGCUGCCCGGGCUCCCCCGAUUCGUCCAGCCCGUUUUUCUAGUGCGGGCAAGUGCACCGAUGGUUUAGUUUUAAGCGCGGGACAUCAGCUGGCCAGCUUACGCUCUGUUGGCCGUGCCUGCGAUCAUUACCGUCUAAGGCAUGACUGCGGACACACACCUUGCCGCCCCCGAUGCACCAAUACCCCGUGUGCUCCUUUGACCAAUUUGUUGUUGUUUUUCUCGAGGUAAUGCAAUGAAUGAUCCAUACACAAU